GAUUUCAUUUGCUAUUUCAGCCUGCAAUGCCAUGGAAACGCUACUCAUCCACGAAGAUUUAAUGAGCGGUGACAUUUUCAAUAAUGUGUGCAACAUGUUGAAACGUGAAGGGGUUAAAAUCUAUUCAGGACCUAAACUGAAUCAACAACUCACAUUUGGUCCACCAGCUGCUAAAAGUUUAAAGCAUGAAUACGGUUCGCUUGAGUGCUGCAUUGAAAUCGUUAAGGACUUGGACGAGGCCAUUGAUCACAUACACACAUUCGGCAGUGGACACACUGAUGUUAUUGUGACCGAAAACGAUUCAGCAGCGCAGCAUUUCCUUUGCAGUGUUGAUAGUGCCUGCGUGUUUCACAAUGCCAGCUCACGUUUUGCUGAUGGUUUCCGCUUUGGUCUGGGUGCCGAAGUUGGCAUUUCAACAGCACGCAUUCAUGCCCGAGGACCAGUGGGUGUAGAAGGCUUACUCACUAGUAAAUGGAUUUUACGCGGCAACGAUCACACGGCAGCUGAUUUUGCAGAAGGCGGAAGAGGUGUUUGGUUGCAUGAAUCGAUGCCAAUUUAAAUAGUAGCCUUUAUGAGCUAAAAAUCAAUGUUCAGUCAAAUGUUUCAUACUUUCUAAAUACGUGCUUUCAUUAUUCGGUUAUAUAUAUGUACUAUGCAAAAUGAAAUUUAUAUUUUUAUUAAAAUUAGAAAAAACGG